GUGUCUUUCGGCCCUUACGAAGUCAAUUCAAGUUGCAAUUCAGUUCCACAGCUCACCGCCAGUUUAGCAGCACAGCUCGCAUCAUGGCGCAGGAAUUCAAGCUCAAGGACGUGACGUCGCUAAAUCUGAAGAAUGGAGAGAAGAAGGAGGUCGAGGUUGAGGGUGUGGAGGGAGGCAAGGUGUUGCUGUUGAAGGUGCAGGAUCAGGUACAUGCUACAAGCUCGACUUGCACGCAUUACGGUGCACCAUUGGCCAAGGGUGUUUUGACACCCGAGGGAAGGUUGACGUGCCCAUGGCACGGAGCUUGCUUCUCUGUCGCAACUGGCGAUGUCGAAGACGCCCCUGCUCUUGACCCGAUUUCAAAGUAUGAGGUGUUUGAGCGCGACGGUGCUGUGUACAUCAAGACCGACGAGGCCACAUUGAAGGCAAACCGGAGAGUCUUGAACCUGAAGUGCUCCUCGGUGAGCGAUGAGCAGGUCUUGGUUAUUGGAGGUGGCUCAGGCACACUCGGCGCGGUCGAAGGUCUGCGAGGUGGAGGAUACACCGGCAAGAUCACCGUUGUCUCGAAAGAAGGCUACCAACCGAUCGACCGUACCAAGCUGUCCAAGGCCCUACUGGCAGACCUGUCGAAGGCGGCGUGGAGACAAAAGGACUUCUACAAGGAUGCUAAGAUUGACUUCGUCGAGGGUGAAGUUAGCGGCGUUGACUUCUCCAGCAAGAAGGUCUCGACCAAGUCGGGCAAGGACUUCGACUACUCCAAGCUGGUACUGGCAACAGGUGGAACACCAAACUGGCUCCCACUUGAUGGCUUGAAGGGUGACCUUGGCAACGUCUUCUUGUUGCGCACCCUGCCAGACACCCAGAACAUCUUGAAGGCUGUCGGUGACAACGGCAAAAAGAUUGUGGUCGUCGGAAGCUCUUUCAUCGGCAUGGAGGUAGGUAACUGCUUGGCUGGCAUGAAGAACGAUGUUACGUGCACAGAGCCAAUGGAGCGUGUGAUGGGUAAGAAGGUUGGGAAAAUCUUCCGCGGCCUCCUAGAGAAGAAUGGGGUCAAGUUUAAGAUGGGCGCUAGCGUGGAGAAGGCCACCCCCUCAAAGAGCGACUCAUCCAAGGUCGGUGCCGUGCAUCUCAAGGAUGGCACCACACUGGAGGCGGACCUGGUCAUCGAAGGUGUGGGUGUCAAGCCUGCUACGGAAUAUCUCAAGGAGAACUCUGCCAUUACCCUCGAGAAGGAUGGCUCAAUAAAGACAGACGAAUCCUUCGCCGUCGACGGACUCAAGGAUGUCUACGCCAUUGGGCGACAUUGCAACUUACCCUUACCACGGCCCUGGCGGGAAUGGCGCACCCGUUCGUAUUGAACACUGGAACGUCGCACAGAACGCCGGACGCUCAGUGGCCAACUCGAUCAACAACCCGGGAGCCAAGCCCAAGCCAUUCAUACCUGUCUUCUGGUCAGCUCUCGGCUCGCAACUUCGAUACUGCGGUAACACAGCUGCUAGUGGAUACGACGAUGUGGUUCUCCAAGGCGAUAUCGAGAAGCCAUCAUUUGUCGCCUACUACACAAAGGGAGACCAGGUGGUGGCGGUGGCCUCGAUGAUGAAGGAUCCGUACAUGACACAGAGCGCAGAGCUUAUGCGGAGAAACAAGAUGCCGGGUAAGGCUGAGCUCCAGAAGGGCAUCGACAUCAUGGAGAUUGGCAUGCCUAGUGAGAUCAAGAUCUGAGUGAUGUGCGAAAUAAAGGCGCAACAUGUGGCGAUAAGCAUGAGAAUAGCCGUAGAGCAGAUUAUUAAAUGAAGUCCAAGCGAUGUA